CAGGAACCCAAAACAGGGACAGUCGUCACUGCCUGUUUCAAAAGGCAUGCUGGGAUCUUUCUCUUUCUUUCCGGCUGGUACGCCAUCAUCUGAUACAACAUGGGAGCGUACAAGUAUAUGCAGGAGUUAUGGAGGAAGAAGCAGUCCGACGUGAUGCGUUUUCUGCUUCGUGUUAGAUGUUGGCAGUACCGCCAGCUCUCCAGCCUCCACCGUGCUCCUAGACCCACCAGACCCGACAAAGCCCGUCGUCUGGGAUACAAGGCUAAGCAAGGCUACGUUAUCUACCGUAUUCGUGUGCGCCGUGGUGGCCGCAAGCGCCCCGUUCCCAAGGGUGCCACCUACGGAAAGCCUGUGCACCAUGGUGUCAACCAGAUCAAGUUUGCCCGCAGCCUUCAGUCAGUUGCUGAGGAGCGUGCUGGCCGUCAUUGCGGAGGUCUCCGGGUGCUGGCCUCUUACUGGGUGGGUGAAGACUCCACGUACAAAUUCUUUGAGGUGAUCCUGAUCGACACCUUCCACAAGGCCAUCAGGCGCAAUCCCGACACCCAAUGGAUCACCAAGGCGGUGCACAAGCACAGGGAGAUGCGUGGCCUGACAUCGGCAGGCAAGAAGAGCCGCGGCCUGGGCAAGGGCCACAAGUUCCACCACACCAUUGGAGGCUCUCGCCGUGCCGCCUGGAGAAGACGCAACACCAUCCAACUGCAUCGUUACCGCUAAGCAGCGACCUAGCUCAGUCUGUACAUGUCGCCAAAAUAAAAAUGAUUCUUUUUAUGAUGGUCA